UGAAUGUUCCGGAGUCGGCAACGCGCAGCCGCGGCUUGGGACUCAAGCUUCGUUGGCAAUAGCCUACCGUACUCAAAAUGGCAGAGGGGUCAGAGCUUGUUCUCUUCGAUUUACGGACUGUCCACGACAAUUUCGACCGGGCAUUAAUACAGGACGAUGACGUCGACAUUAAAAUGUACCUCGCGGCCUACAACGAACUUUACAAAUUCUUUCAACUUAUGGGCUCGGUAUUCAGCUUUGUCUCUUCGGACUUGAAACAGAAAAUAGACAUUUUGGCCGAGCUGAUUUCCAAGGAUGAGGAAAAUUUUGUCACAAUAAAAUCGAUGAUACAGCAUGAGACGGAGAAUAAUUUAUUACAGAAGGCAGACUACACGAACGGUAGUCGUACGUUACUGAGACUCCACAGAGGCCUGGACUUCAUCUCGGAAUUUUUACGACAAUUAGGCGAGUUGUCGGACGGUGAUAAAACAUCGGCAUGCUGUCAAGACGCGUAUAACAAAACACUUGCCAAACACCAUCCAUGGAUUAUACGAAAGGGUGCGGUAGUUGCCAUGUAUGCCAUGCCGACAAGAGAACUUUUAUUUAAAAAGGUUUGCGGAGACAACGUUCAACGUAACCUAGAUAUUUUACCAAAAAUGUUACAAGUAACUGCCGACGUAUUCAAGAGGACGGAUAAGCUUUACGAAAUUAAUAACCUACAUGCUUUGCCUUAAGAAUACAGAAUAUGUAUUAUACAUACAUAUUGAUACGCAUUUACGUAUCUGUUUUAAAUUGCCCGAACUUCCCAUAAAAAUACAUGCGUAAGGGAAAAAAAGGUGUCAAAACGACGUAAUUGACAAAAUUUGCAAUUACAAACCGCGAUCGUUCACCGCAAAGAAAACUUGAGCUUAUCUUUAUAGACAUUCACGUGACUGCACAGCCGAUUAAAUUCCAUCGUCGAGAUCCCAGAACUCUAAAUUUUUUCGAUUAUAAUAUUCAAAUGCGCCACUUUGCCUUCCUUGCAAGUGAUUCAUUGCAGUUGAUUUUCAAUACAAAAUGAGAACAUUCCUUUUGUGAUAUUAUUCUGUAUAAAAUUUUGAAAGUAAAAUAAAAAAAAAUUCAUGACACACA